AUGAUGGCCAUAUUUAAGCAAAGUUCGGUGAUUCCUUUGGCCAAAAUUGCAACAGCACCAUCGCGCUCUCUGCGACUUCUCUGGAGCGUGUCAACUGCUGUCAUGGUGACGGGUUUGGUAGUGUGCAUCUCUCUGGUCGUGCUGCAGUAUACGCGGCAUCAAACGGUGUUUCAACUCGACUACUCCGGUCAGAACACCGAGUUCGACCAGAUGCCCGGUCUGACGCUCUGCUUUGCUCAACGGUACACGCAGGCUCUUCUUCAGGCGGCCGGCGUCCGACACGGCUGGCCACUGCCCAGCACAGACAGCAUUCUGCCAUGGACCUAUCGUGACACAAUGGUCGCGUUGAACGCCCAGAUUGCCGAUCUGUCGACGGAAGCCUGGCAAACGGGCGACCCGUUUCGGCCUCAACUGCGACGACCAGAACAGCCGAGACAAAAGGUGAAAAAGGGACGAGGUGCCGUGUUCCACCGAUUGCCACGGGGCCAGUUGAGUUGGCAUGCAAAGGAGGCGAAAACGCCGAUUUAUCGACUGUUUCACAAUUUCAGUGUCAUCUUUAAACUUCAGGCAUCACAAAACCCCGACGACUAUCGGUUGAGCGUCACGGAGCAGGUAAGAAUGAAAUAA